AUGUCGGAGAACAUUGCUGGAGGCGGCGGGCGGCCGGCAGGGGCGAUGGUGUGCGGGCAUUGCGGUGCACCUUUCAGCAAAGUAACAGCCAAGUUCUGCUCCAGGUGUGGUACGAAGAAAACAUCGUCUGCCGGGCGAAAAAAAGCGACGCCUCACGUUAUCGGUGGCAUGGCACCAGUAAACAGUGGUCCACAAGCCACUGCGACAUUGCGGCCAGGAGAUACUAGCAACGACAGGGGCAGCGGCGGCAAACACAAUAGUUCGGAUGUUGAUCACAGAACCGACGCAUUACUCUCCACUGCAUCGACACAGCAUCAGUUAGUUUCAACACAGCCCACAUUGAUGAAGAAAGAAGAGGGCACGCACGAGAGCCUGGACGACGAUGGCACAAUCCGCGCGACUCCAGAGGAAGAGGAAAAGUAUAUUUCAUGGUCCACACUGGGCCCGGAAGGCAUCACCCCGGAGAUGCUGCAAACGAGUGAUGCAGAGGAGCUCGGAUCGUGGCGUCGUGGACUUUUGAUUGGCCGUGGGACGUAUGGUUCUGUCUAUUUGGGUUUGCUUGACGAUGGCUCCUUUUACGCUGUAAAGUGUGUUGAAAUCGGGGGAAAAACGGGUGUGUUCAGCGUCAAUGAGCUUGUUUCUCUUUCGCGGGAGAUUAACAUGAUGCGGCGUCUGCAUCACAAGAAUCUCUGCACCUUUAGGGGUGUGUUUUACGAUUCCCCGAACAACGUCGUUUGUAUGUUCAUGGAGUACAUCGGCGGCGGUUCAUUAUCCUCUUUAGUGAAGAAAUUCAAGCCGCUGCCUCAUGCCGUGGUGCGGAGCUGGACCCGACAGCUACUCUCCGGCCUGCUCUACUUGCACACGCAGCGCAUUCUCCACCGCGACAUCAAGGGCGACAACAUCCUUGUCGACACCUCAAGCGAUCCCAAGAAGGAGUCUCAAAUCAAACUCGUGGACUUUGGUGCUGCUAGACGACUCUCAGAUGCCGUGGCGCAGAGUCGGACAGUCAUUGGCACCCCGUACUGGAUGGCACCGGAGGUGGUAGACGUGACUGGCAGCGGUACUGGAUACAGUUAUAAGGCUGAUGUGUGGUCCGUUGGCUGUACCGUUGCCGAGAUGCUGACGGGGAAGCCACCGUGGCCAGUUCAGGUGAAUGCACCAGCGGCGAUCAUGUUGAUUGCGCAAGCGGAGGGCGGACCGACAGAGAUCCCGGAGGCGGAGGCAACGCCAGGGUGCUUGGAUUUUAUGCGUAAGUGCUUUGUGCGUGACCCGGGGCAACGUCCAACGGUGGAGGAACUUAUGCAGCAUCCAUGGAUUCUUGGGGAGAUGGAGUAG